AUGAGCUUCAGCAACAAUAUACGCCACCAGCACAGCCAGGGCCGCCGCCGUCGCGGCCAGGCUCAUCGCCACCUUCGCCAGCCCCGGCUUCUUCCGUUUCUCGAUCUCGAAUCCCGGCGGCCGAUUCCCUACGACGUCCGUCUUCGACUUCUCUCCAGAUCCGCCGUCGGCAUCGUUCAAUUUCGGCAACGGUGGGGCCACCGUGGGCUGAUUUAUCCCGGAGGGCUCCGAUUUGGGUGUCGGAUCGGCUCUCGGCGGGACCUUGGGGCCGUUGGAUCCGUGUUUGAUUUUGGGCAUGGUGAUGUAGAGGACGCCGUUGAUGAAUGUGGCCUGGAUCGAUUGGGUGUCGUAGGUGUCGGUCGGGGCGAUUACUUCUUUGUGGAACCUGGAUUUCAACGACGUUCCCGCCGGACCUUCUCCGGAGAUUUUGAGGACGCCGAGGCUGCUGAUUUGUACUCUGAGCUGUUCUUUUUUGAAACCUUGGAAAAAGAGCAAAAAGGCAGAUACAUAAGCAAGGUUUAAAAGUGGGAUUAGAAAUGCUGUGGAACUCUUGUAUUUGUUGGGAGUCCAAUCAGUCCAUAUUAUUGGAAGUUGAGCACUUGAGCCAAUAAUUUGACAGGAUAAUUUCUCAAAAGAAAAUCAGAUUGUAAAUAAUGGAAUUCAAAUUAAUCUUGUAUCCUUUUGAAGGUUAAAAUGAUAAAUAUGAUGAAAUUAGAGCAUCUCCAAUGGAAUUUCUAUUGUUCUAUUUUAUUUCCAGAUGUAGACACUAUUCUAAAC